AACAUUAAUUUUCGACACUAAAGAAACAGCUGGCUGUUACACAUCGUUCCAGUAGAUGAGUUUGUGACAGAAAUUUGUACAGAGUUUUAUGUAUUCUGAAAAAAUGUUGUCGUACCGUGAAACACAUUCUUGAAAUACAGUCAAUUUAAGUCAAGGUCAAAUGUCAAAUGUGCUGCUUUGUGACUUUGACUUCUAUUAAAACCUUGAAUUGUACAAGAAGAAGAAGAACGGUCAGAAGGUCAUCACCUAAUCUUCAUAAAAAGUGAAAUAUGAAGUCGGUGUCUGCAGAGGUCGCAUGCAGUCAAAUGUUUCAGGAGGUGAAGUGUUAACAGACGCGGGGGAGGAGAGGGAGGGUGGGAGUAGAGGAGUUGGGGGAGGGUUAGUGUUUGAUCCUCGUCCUCAUCAGACACUUCUAAUCGUCUCAGAGGAGAGAAGUAGAAAAUCCAACUGAGAUCCUGUUUUUAUCAACCUUUUGAUCUGAAUCAGAAACUGAAGCAGUGAGGGUUCGACAGAUCCCAUCAUGAUCCAAACAGGGACCUCGACCCUGCUCUCAGCACGGAACCUGUUUCUUUUGGUGACACUCAUCUGGUUGGAGACCCAGGGUGCGACGGCCGGUGGUACUGCAGUGACCCUACAGUCCAACGACACACUCAGCAACAGAACCAAGUGUGGCGGCAGCACCUUCUGCAAAGUGGGUGUGAUCCUGCCAGUGUGGAAGCCGGACAACCCCGCAUUCCCUGAGCGCCUGGCCAGAGCCUCCAUUUACUUUGUGGGCAUGGUUUACAUGUUUCUGGGCGUCUCCAUCAUAGCCGACCGCUUCAUGGCGUCCAUCGAGGUCAUCACCUCCCAAGAAAGACAGAUCACCAUUAAAAAACCCAACGGUGAAAAGUUCACCACAACAGUGCGUGUUUGGAACGAAACCGUGUCCAACCUGACCCUGAUGGCCCUCGGCUCCUCCGCCCCAGAAAUUCUUCUGUCGGUUGUGGAAGUGUGUGGUCACAACUUCGCUGCUGGCGAGCUUGGACCCAACACCAUCGUGGGAAGUGCGGCCUUCAACAUGUUUGUAAUUAUCGGCCUAUGCGUGUCCGUUAUUCCUGAUGGUCAGACCAGGAAGGUGAAGCACCUGCGGGUGUUUUUUGUCACCGCAACCUGGAGCAUCUUCGCGUACACCUGGCUUUACCUGAUACUGGCUGUCAUCUCCCCCGGGGUGGUGGAGAUAUGGGAGGGACUUCUUACGCUCUUUUUCUUUCCCAUCUGCGUCGUUUUUGCCUAUGUGGCCGAUCGCAGAUUUCUCUUCUACAAGUACAUGUACAAACGAUACCGGGCUGGGAAACACAGAGGAAUGAUCAUCGAAACGGAAGGAGAACCCGAGCCCCAGAAGAUUGACCUUGAGAUGGAUGGCAAAAUGCUGGGCUCCUGUAGAGAGGCGUUGACGGCUGGAGAGCUGGGCUUUGACUUGAAGGACCUGGAUGAUGAGGAGGCUCGUAGAGAAGCAUCCAGGAUCCUGAAAGAGUUGAAGUUGAAGCAUCCAGAGAAGGAGCUAGAUCAGCUGAUGGAAGUUGCUAAUUAUCAGGUUUUAUCGCAGCAACAGAAGAGCCGUGCCUUCUACCGCUGCCAGGCCACCAGGAUCAUGACCGGAGCGGGCAACAUCCUGAAGAAGCACGCUGCCGAUCAGGCCAAGAGAGCCGCUCAGCACGAGUUCACCUCCGAGGUCUCAGUCAACGACUUCUCCUCCAAAGUUUUCUUCGACCCAGGUUCAUACACCUGUCUAGAAAACUGUGGCAGCGUCGCACUGAAUGUGGUGCGACGAGGUGGCGACCAAUCGAGCACGGUGUUGGUGGACUACAGGACGGAGGACGGCACUGCCAAUGCUGGUUCGGACUACAAGUUCACAGAAGGAACCAUUGUGUUCCAACCAGGAGAGACGGACAAGGAGAUCCGCAUUGACAUCACUGACGACGACAUUUUUGAGGAAGACGAACAUUUCCUGGUUCACCUCAGCAACGUGAGGGCGCUGUCGCGCAGAGACAGCUCGGAUUUGCGAGAAACCGGUCAAGUAGACCCCGUCGCAAGUUUAGGCCUCCCCUGUACAGCUACCAUUACCAUCUACGAUGACGACCACGCUGGUAUUUUUACCUUUGAGGAGCCAGUGGUGACGGUGAGUGAGAGCGUGGGGAUGAUGGAGGUGAAGGUGGUGCGGACCUCGGGAGCCCGGGGUGUAGUUUUGGUUCCAUACAAAACCACGGAGGGAACAGCAAAAGGUGGCGGAGAGGACUUUGAGGACACACUGGGAGUUCUAGAAUUUGACAACGAUGAGAUUGUUAAAACAAUUCAGAUCAAUAUUAUUGAUGAUGAAGAAUAUGAGAAAAACAAGAACUUCUUCCUGGAGAUAGGGGAACCUCAGCUCCUGGAGAUGAGUGAAAGGAAAGCUGUGUUGCUUCAGGAAGCUGGUGGAUUUACUAAAACAGACAAACAGCUUUUUGGUCAAGACAUCUACAGAAAGGUCCAGGGUAGAGGAUGCUCUUCCUCCUCCAUCGUCAACAUCACAGAUGCCGAUGACGAGCUGUUGACCAAGAAGGAGGAAGAGGAGAGACGGAUCGCCGAGCUUGGUCGUCCGAUGCUGGGGGAAAACGUCAAGCUUGAGGUCAUCAUCGAGGAGUCAUACGAGUUCAAGAACACUGUGGACAAACUGAUCAAGAAAACCAACCUGGCUCUGCUGGUCGGCACAAAUUCCUGGAGGGAGCAGUUCAUGGACGCCAUCACAGUCAGCUCAGGUGACAAUGACGAUGACGACGAGUGCGACGAGGAGAAGACGCCGUCUUGCUUUGACUACGUCAUGCACUUCCUCACCGUCUUCUGGAAGCUUCUGUUCGCCUUGGUCCCGCCCACCGACAUGCUGAACGGGUGGGCGUGUUUCGUCGUGUCCAUCUCCGUCAUAGGUCUCCUGACGGCAGUGAUCGGCGACCUGGCAUCUCACUUCGGCUGCACCAUCGGACUCAAAGACUCCGUCACUGCUGUGGUGUUUGUAGCUCUGGGAACCUCGGUACCAGACACAUUUGCAAGCAAAGUUGCAGCCACUCAGGACCAAUAUGCCGACGCCUCCAUCGGUAACGUGACGGGCAGUAAUGCCGUCAACGUCUUCCUGGGCAUCGGAGUGGCCUGGUCCAUUGCUGCCAUCUACCACGCCAGCAAAAACCAGCAGUUCAAAGUGGACCCAGGCACACUAGCCUUCUCUGUCACUCUCUUCACCAUCUUCGCCUUCAUCUGCGUCGCGGUACUGAUCUACAGGCGCCGGCCCUCGAUUGGCGGCGAACUGGGGGGACCACGCAUCCCCAAGAUCCUGACCACCAGUCUGUUCUUUGGUCUGUGGCUAAUGUACAUCAUCUUGUCCUCGCUGGAGGCCUACUGCCACAUCCCAGGCUUCUGAGCACGCAGGUCUUAGUCAGUCUGGACUGAACUGCAGGCCUGUUCUGAUGGGUUUCUGAGGGCUCUGAGAGAUUAGGGUCUUUUUGUUUUGUCUUUUAUCUGAACCGCCUGAGAGCGCCUCAAAAUCGUAGGAGAAACAAAAAAAAACUCCAUAAGAGGAUUACUUGUUGUAACCUAAGCCUAAUUACUAUUACACAUUUUUAAUAAAUGAUAAAAAGGUAUGAAUAGAAAAUGUAUUUAAAGAUUAGGAGCAAACCAAACUUUUUGUCAUUUGUCACUUCUUUUCUGCCUUUUCCUGAAAUGCUUUGUUAACCAUGAACUGCCGCUCCUUCUUACAGUGUUUCAUAGUAAACCCUGAGAAACUGUC